AUGAACUCGCCGCCGCUGGACCCUCGUGUGCUGGCGAAUGUGGCGCGAUCGUAUGAGGGCGAGACGCUGCUGGCGCCGGAGUGCGAUGUGCCGGUGUACCAUGGCAAGGGGAGGCUGGAGUUCAAGACGGGCUUCACGUACGUGGGCGACUUUGUGCACGGGCGGAUGCACGGCACAGGACGCAUCGAGUGGCACGCUAGUGGCGUGGCGUAUGAGGGAGACUUCACGCACAACGAGAUCACUGGGAGGGGCACGUACUGGUGGCCGAACGGGAGCUCGUACGUGGGGGACGUCAAGCGCGGCAAGCGCCACGGCCGCGGAGUCUUCGUCACUGGAGACCGUGGAGUGCCCAAGCCGCUACUCUUCGCCUUCCGCUCUCACGAAACAGAGGGCCACGACGUCGAUGGAGGAGGCGGUGACGGCCAUGAUGAUGCCAAGGGUGAGGAUGAUGUUGGGCUCGUCAUGGCCCAGAGCAACGCUCGAUAUGACGGCGAGUGGGAGAACGGACUGCCUCAUGGCUGCGGCGAGCUGGUGUUUGACGCUGCGCGCAACAUCCGCUACGAAGGGCAGUUCGUAGAGGGGAAGCGCGAGGGCAAAGGCCACAUGCACUACGCAUACGGCAGUGUGUACGUCGGAGACUGGAAGGCUGACGUCAAGUGUGGGCAAGGCGUGAUGACGUGGAUGACCCCGCGAGGAGACGGCGAGUUGCUGAACCCCGAGGACUCAACACCGCUCGAGCGGUACGACGGGGAGUGGCUAAACGACUACCAAGAGGGCUUUGGUAGGCACGUGUGGCUCGUGAACCCCCUCAGCGUAUCCGCUACUGGAUCAACAAGUAAAAAUAACUGGUACGAGGGCGAGUUCCACGAAGGACUGCGUCAUGGACGCGGUGUCUUCUUCUACGCCAACGGCGCUCGGUACGAAGGAGAAUGGAAAACCAACGUCAAAGAAGGCUACGGGCUCUUCUUCUACGAAGAUGGUCGCGUAUUCGUGGGGCUCUUUCGCCAGGACCGCAGUGUUGAAGGCAGCUACGCAACGGCAUCCACCACAACCGGAGGAAUCGUUCCAGUUUCCCCCGUGAAAGCAGACUCGGCUGAGACGAACGUGGCAUCAACCGUGAUCUCAUCUUCUCAACCUCCUUCAUCUUCCUCAAGUGUUGCAGGAAUCAUGUUAUUCAUCAACGACCUGCUUCCAAUAUCGGACAUCCCAAAGCGAGAAAAAGCUCGCAAGGCUGUGGAGCAUGCAGCGCUACGUAUCAACACGGAAUUGCGUGCACUGUAUCGCGGGUGUAUCAAGGAGUCUCGACGGUCAGCCUCCUCUUCCUCCAAUGAUCCGGAUGAGUCGGGGACGCUGCUUGAAGUGUUCGAGUGUCGGCAACUGCUCUCCCAGUGCGGCUUCUACUUUACGAGCGGGCAGCUUGAAAGCCUCAUGCAGGAAGUUCGGAGAGCUCAACGAUCUGGUGCCAUGGCCUGCGCUGCGUCAAUGAACAUUGCCGAGUAUUUCCUUGAAGACCUGCCUGUGGAGAACCGAGCCAAUCACCCACUAGAUCCAACCCGUCUCGAAAUUGUUCCUUGGGACGAAGUUCUUCUCUUCAGGGAGUUUGUGGAGCUGUUUGUCCGCAUCGCACAUUCGUGGGUCAUGAGCGCAGAGGCAGAAGGCAUUAUCGAGCUGGCUGGGAGCAGUGACAGCACGGUGUUUCUGGCGGACAUUUUCUCCGACUUCUACGAGCAAAUAGUCCGUGAACGCCAAGAAGCGCUGAGUCAAAGCUCGCCGUCAUGGUUAGCCCUGUUGCGGGCGGAGCUGAUGGGGAAAAACCUGCACAUCGUCUUCACGAAGCACCACGACCAACUCCAAAGCUUAUACAGCAGUUGCGCCGCUCCUUCCGUUCGCCGUCAGCACGAAGACGCAGUUGAGCUCGAUGAUGGCGAAGAGGAACCUGCACCAACGGACAAGUAUACUGAUGAAGUGUCAGUCAGGUCCGUGCUCGUCAUGCUUCGUAAUCAGAGCUCCCCGGAAUCGCCCAUCUUCACCGCAGACUUUCAGGUCCGCCAUGCACUCGCGGCAUUGAACCGAGCGUUCACGGCAUCAGCGCCAUCCUUGAAACCCGAGUUACAUCGCAGUGUUGCUAGAUCCAGCGCUACUGAAAACAACCAGGACGGCGAGCCAGACGCGUUUUUCAUGAGCACAACGGUGGUUUUCUCGGAGUUUCUGGACGCCAUCGCCAUCGUGCUAUUCACCAAGCAGCACAUGAAGCUGGAGUCGGCGAAAAAGACUCCGAGUAAGCAGCAGUCGCCCCAGGAGCUACCGCUCCACGUGCUGGUAGACCAAUUCAUGCAGACAGUGAAAGUGAAUGCCCAUCCAUUACUUUAA